GGGCAGGACUCCUUGGGUCCAAACCCGAAGUGAUCUCCCAUCUGAAGCGAGGGGAAGAGCCCAAGAUGGAGGAGAGAGGAGCCCAGCGAGUUCCCUGUCCAGACUUGGAGACAAGCUCUGCAACUACUCAGGAGACACUUCCCAUAAAGAAUGUUUCUGAAGAGGCAGCUUCCCCAAAGGGAAAGAUGGAGGGUAUUUUAAGGGCAGUGCUUGGAGACACCAAGCUCAGGGGCUCCUGGACAUGAGGCUGUCAACGAGAAGACCAGGGAAAUCAGAAGAGGCAUUUGGGGAGGUUGUUUGCUCCUCCCAAGGAAAACACCUGUGGGGAGAGGGGCUGUAACGAGCUUGGGAGAAGCUUCAAGCAGACCUCAGCCUUCAUCAGGAAGCAAAGGCUGCCUGGAGGAGAGAGGCCCAAGAAAUGGAAUGGGCCGAGAAAGAGCCUGAAACACCAAAGGACCUUUGUAGAAAAGAAACCAUUUAACUGCACAACAUGUGGAAAAGCCUUCAUCUAGCAUUCCAACUAUGUUCUACACCAGAGAAUUCACACUGGAGAGAAGCCCUACAAGUGUAACAAUUGUGGGAAGGCGUUCAGCAACAGUUCAUAUUUCAUCCAGCACAUCACCCACAUGGGAGAGAAGCCCUACACCUGCAACGACUGCGGCAAAACCUUUACCCAGAGCUCCUCACUCACUGAGCACCAGAGGAUCCACACAGGAGAGAAACCCUACAAAUGCAAGGAAUGUGGGAAGGCCUUCACCCAGAGUUCCUCGCUCAUCAAACACCAAUGAUGCCACACCGGAGAGAAACCCUAUAAAUGCAGCCAAUGUGGGAAGUUCUACUCACAGAUGUCCCAUCUCACCCGUCACCAGAAAAUCCACACGGGGGAGAAGCUGUACCAAUGCAACGAGUGUGGCAAGGCUUUCUGUCACACUUCCUCCCUGACUCAGCACCAGACAAUCCACACUGGAGAGAAGCCCUACAAGUGUAAUGAGUGCGGGAAAACCUUCAGCCACAGCUCGUCCCUGACUCAGCACCAGUGAGUUCACACUGGAGAGAAACCCUAUGAGUGCCCCAAGUGUGGCAAAGCCUUCAGCCACAGUUCAUCCCUGACCCAGCAUCAGAGGAUUCAUACUGGGGAGAAGCCCUAUGAGUGUCCUGAGUGCGGGAAGGCUUACACACAGAUUGCCCACCUCAUGAGGCACCAGAGCAUUCACAUGGGGGAGAAACCCUAUAUAUGUAAUGAGUGUGGAAAGGCCUUUAGUCACACCUCCUCCUUUACUCAACACCAGAUGAUCCACACUGGUGAGAAGCCCUGCAAGUGUAACGAAUGUGGGAAAACCUUCAGCCAGAACUCUUCACUUACGCGCCACCAGAGGAUUCACACCGGGAAGCCCUAUGAAUGCAAAAUUUGCAAGAAGGCCUACACCCAGAUUUCCCACCUCAUCCAACACCAGAGAACUCACACCAGAGAGAAACCUUAUGAGUGCAGCGGGUGUGGGAAAGCCUUCAGCCGGAGCACCUAUUUCAUCAAGCAUCAGAAGAUCCACACAGGCGAGAAGCCCUAUAAAUAUAAGGAAUGUGGGAAAACAUUCAGUCAUAACUCAUCCCUCAUUCAACAUCAGAGGAUUCACACCGGUGAGAAACCCUAUGCCUGUAAGCAGUGCGGGAAAGCCUUCAACAGCAUUCACCUUAUUCAGCAUCAGAGGAUUCAUACUGGAGAGAAGCCCUACAAAUGUAAGACCUGUGGGAAAACCUGUACUCAGAUUUCACACCUCAUUCAACACCAGAAAGUUCACAUGGGUCACAUAGGUCACAAGACCUAUAUGUAUAAAGCAUGUGGAGAGGAUUUCAGCUGGGGUUCACACCUGGCUGAACAUCAGAGACUUCAUACUGUGCACAAUUUUGAGAAAGCCUUUGCUUAGGGCACACAGCUCACUGAUCAUCAGAGAACUCAUGCUGAGUAGAGAGCCUGAAAAUGAAAUAGAGGUGAUCCUGCUGUUAGAUUCAGUCGAGCUUGCUGAGCUGCAACAGGAACUCCUCAUUUGUCAUUUUUAACAGGUGUAUAAUAUUUCAGGCUAUUGUUUCUAGAAUUUACUUAACCAAACUCUAUUAAUGGACAUUUGGGAGUUUUUUAAAAUUUUCUUUCCCAUCAUUGGGCAUAUGUUAUUUAACACUUGUGCAAAUUACUCCAUAAGAUGAAUUCCUAGAAGUUAGCUUGUGGGAUCAUAGAAAGUCCAUGUUUAAAAUUUUGUUAGUUACUGCUAAAUAAUCCUCCAGAAAAGGAUGACUCAAUUUACAUAACUCCCAAAAGUAUAUAUGGCUGCCUGUUUCUCUCUUCCUCCACUUCGUUCGCAAAUACUCAGUAUUAAUCAUUUUUAAUUUUUAAUUUAUUUUUCUUAAAUUCUUUCUUUAUUUCUUUUUGCUUUUUAGGGCUACACUCAUGGCAUAUGAAAAUUCUUAGGCUAGAAGUCGAAUCAGAGCUACAGCUGCCAUCCUAAGCCACAGCCACAGCAACACCAGAUCCUUAACCCACUGUGCGAGGCCAGGGAUCAAACCUGUAUCCUCAUGGAACCUAGUCGGUUUGUUAACCACUGAGCCAUGAAGGGAACUCCCAAUCUUUUUUUUUUGUUUUUAAUAUUUCUAAUCUAAUAAGGAAAAGUGUCCUGUGGAUAGUGAGAUUAAUCCUUUUAUGCAUUUGUUGAUGUUUGUUUUCUUUGAAUUGCUUGUUUGUGUAUUUUGCCCUUUUUAAUUAGGCUGCCUUUUUGUAUUGAUUUAUAGGAGCAAAUCUUUAUGUAGCACACAUUAACUCUUCAGUAUAUACAUUAUUAGUAUUCCUCCUAGUUAUUUCUCUUUCAAUCUUGUUUAUGGUGUGUUUUGCUAUACAGAAAAUUUUAAUUUUUAGAUAUUCAGCUCUAUCUGUAUUUUCCCUUAUAGAUCUUAGACCUACUACCAUAGUAAGAAAGGCCUUCCUCUUUCCCAAAAUUAUGAAAAAAGUUCUCAUAAAUUUUAUUCUAGCACCUUUAUGGUUUUUUUUUUUUUUUUUUUUGUCUUUUUAAGGCCACACUUAUGACAUAUGGGAGUUCCCAGCCCAGGGAUCAUUUCAUGCAAGUUAGAGCUGCAUUUGGUUUGUUUUUUUUUAAAUUUUCUUUUCCAUCAUUGGACAUAUAUUAUUUAACAGUUGUGCAAAUUAUCUUCACAGCAGUGACCUGAGCCACAGCAGUGACAACACAGGAUCCUUAACCACUAAACACCAGGGAAUGCCCCAGUUUAUCUUUUAAACAAGAACUCUUAGCACCUUUACGAUUUUAAGAAUUAAAUUUUUAUUCCUUCUAAAUUUUUUAUGGCUUAUGGUAUAAAUUUUUAGUUUUUAGAGGCUGUCUGAAUUCCUUGGUUUGUAGCCCCUAUAUCUUCAAAGCCAACAGCAUAAGCAUAGCAUCUUUAAAUCCCUCAUCCUAAUAUAGUCCACCAUGUAUGUAAUUUUCUCAGCACAUUUGGUUUCCUCCCUUCUGAAGACUCCCUUCUUUACCAACAUACUGCUGUAGGAUAAUUGGAUUUUUAGUCUAAGAGAGGUUAAUCUUGCUUGCCUUUGCCAUUGUGUUGCUUAACCACUAAGCACCAGGGAAUUCCCCAGUUUAUCUUUUAAACAAGAAUAAUCUAUAACACAAAAGAUGGUUUGGGGAGUUCCCACUGUGGCACAGUGGGUUAAGAAUCCAGCUGCAGAGGUUCAGGUUGCUGCUGGGGUGCAAGUUCAAUCUCCUGCCAGGCGCAGUGGGUUAAAGGAUCUGGUAUUGCCUUCAGUUAUAACCCUUGGCUCAGGAACUUCCAAAGGCCAUGGGUGUGGCCCCUCCCCUCCAAAAAAAUGGUUUGGGUUUCAAAUUACAAGAAACAACUUAAAUGAGCUCAAUCAAGAAAGAUGUUUAGUAGUUGAGUAGCCUAAAGUUCUAAAACAAAGCGUUAAUCUUGUUUAUCCUAACACUUCAGGAUGCCUUCAGUGGCAAGUAAAAGAAAACCCUGGAGUUCCUGUCCUGUCACAGUGGAAACAAAUCCCACUAGGAACCAUGAGGUUUCAGGUUCAAUCCCUGGCCUCACUCAGUGGGUUAAGGAUCUGGCAUUGCCAUGAGCUGUGGUGUCGGUCGCCGAUGCAGCUCGGAUCCAGUUUUGCUGUGGCUGUGGCGUGGGCCCUGACUACAGUUCUGAUUCGACCCCUAACCUGGGAACCUCCAUAUGCCACAGGUGUGGCCCUAAAAAAAAAAAAGAAAACCCCAACUCAAAUUGUCAUGGGAAGAAGAAAUCUGUACAUAAGAUAAGCUUCAGCUACUAUACAUUCAUAUUUCUCUGCAAUUCACUUGAGAUUUGUAAGGUUUUUAUUUCACAGUUAUGUUGUCAAAUAAUUUUUUUCUGAUCACUGUUUCAUUCCUAUCUCAGCCCCUUGCCUGUUUACUUCAUAGUACUUAUCAUAAUUUCCUAUCAUAAUAGGUCUCCUAUUUACUGCUUGUUCUGACUCCCUGAAGGUAGGUCUUUUUGUGUCUUUCACCACUAUAUCCCAGCACCUAAAGAACUGUCUGGAACAUAGCAGGUUCUUGGAAAAUACUCACCGAUUGAUUUACUUCAAUACUGAAGCAAGCCACUCCCAUCCCCACUUGCAUGGUAAGAAAAUGGUAGUUUCCCACACCCUCAAGAUUGUAUGCCAUACAGCUUUGAAUUUUAGCCAGUUAUGUAAGUAAAGAUGGCAUUUUUUCUUCUUC